CCGCCCAGCGAAGCCGGCUCGGCUCCGAGCUGCCCAUGGAGAAAGUGCCCGGCGAGAUGGAGAUCGAGCGCCGGGAGCGCAGCGAGGAGCUGUCCGAGGCGGAGAGGAAGGCGGUGCAGGCUACGUGGGCCCGGCUGUAUGGCAACUGCGAGGACGUGGGGGUGGCCAUCCUGGUGAGGUUCUUUGUGAACUUCCCCUCUGCCAAGCAAUACUUCAGCCAGUUUAAACACAUGGAGGAGCCCCUGGAAAUGGAGCGGAGCCCCCAGCUGCGGAAGCACGCCUGCCGAGUCAUGGGAGCCCUCAACACUGUUGUGGAGAACCUACAUGACCCGGACAAGGUGUCCUCUGUGCUGGCCCUGGUGGGCAAAGCCCAUGCCCUCAAACACAAGGUGGAGCCCGUGUACUUCAAGAUCCUCUCUGGCGUCAUUCUGGAGGUAAUCGCUGAGGAGUUUGCCAACGACUUCCCGCCUGAGACACAGAGAGCCUGGGCCAAGCUGCGUGGCCUCAUCUACAGCCACGUGACUGCCGCCUACAAGGAAGUGGGCUGGGUACAGCAGGUCCCCAACACCACCACCCCACCGGCCACUGUGCCCUCUUCGGGGCCAUAGGACCUUUCCCAGCUCCCCCCUCCCUGGCAGCACUUUGAGAAGAAGGCUGAGUUCUGAAGACCCUCCUUGACCCUCCAUUUCUGGGUGCCAAGGAAGCUGGAGGAAUCCCCCGACAGUCUUACUGGAAGGAGGCCUUCGCUGUGGCCGCAGUCCCCUGAGCUGCCAGGAGGCGGCGCUGGCUGCCCGAAUGCUGACCCCUGAGCGUUGGGGGUGGGUGGGGGCCCUUCUGCCUUGCAGAGAGGGGACACACUCUUCUUAGCUUUUCUACUCACUCUUAGAGAGGGACCUAGCCAGCGAGCGAGCGAGCGGGCUGGCGGGGAAGCGGGGACAAGUCUGCGAGUCACUCCGGGAAUGAAUCAGCCCCGUUUCGUUCUGCCGACCAGCAUGCAGGCCUCACCUCGUCACCCGAGUAUCACGCACACACGUCUACCAUAUAUACAGAUAUAAUCUAUAUACAACCUAUAUAUAAAUAUAUAUAUCUAUAUAUACAUAUAUAUACGUACAUAUCUACCAUGUGUACCUAAGGGCCCGGAAUCCCAGGUCCUCCCCGGCUGUGGGGGGUGGGGGGUGGGAGGGUCAUGCUUCCGGGCAGACAGCUGAGUGCCAGCGUUCAGGACAGGAGCAAGUCCCGCAGCAACACAGAGGGGCUGGGCCAGGUGGGGUAGGGUGGCAUGACCCAGCUGGCCAGCACGCCCUAGCCCAGACGGACUCAACAACCUGCGGUCUAGCUAGCUCUCUGCCCUCCCCAGCAGAAGACUUGGCUCAUGGGCAAGGGAUCCCAGCAGUUCCCAAACGGCUUGCUGCUGGGGGAGAGGCCUCGAUAAAAAACCCUGGAAUACCAGCCACCACCAUCCCCCCCCCCCCCGUUUGCCUCACACACAGCAGCUGGCCACAGUAUCACCCCUCAUGUCUGAGGCCCAGGGUAUCCCCUCCUGCCCUCCGGCCAUUCAACUAAGCCUUGCUGGGGACCUCCGUGUGUACCCCUUGGUCACGUGUAUUGUCCUGAAGGAUGUCCCUCCGCCGUGACUACAGUGCCUGCAUCCCCUCCUGUCGCAUCUUGAGGCCAUCAUGUAACUGCCUGUCCUUUUGUAGUUUCGGAUGUUUGUAACCAGACCCAGCUGUCUCAUUAAACAGGCCCGUUCUUCCUGUA